AUGCGCGGCGUCGGCUGGCAGACGCUGUCCCUGUCGCUGGGGUUAGUGCUGGUGAUCCUGAACGAGGUGGCGCCGCAGGCGUGCCCAGCACAGUGCUCCUGCUCGGGCAGCACAGUGGACUGUCACGGGCUGGCGCUGCGCAGCGUGCCCAGAAAUAUCCCCCGCAACACUGAGAGACUGGAUUUGAAUGGAAAUAACAUCACACGGAUUACCAAGACAGAUUUUGCUGGUCUUCGACACCUAAGAGUUCUUCAGCUUAUGGAGAAUAAGAUUAGCACCAUUGAAAGAGGAGCAUUCCAGGAUCUUAAAGAGCUGGAGAGACUGCGUUUAAACAGAAAUCACCUUCAGCUGUUUCCUGAGUUGCUGUUUCUUGGGACUUCGAAGCUGUACAGACUUGAUCUCAGUGAAAACCAAAUUCAGGCAAUUCCAAGGAAGGCUUUCCGUGGGGCAGUUGACAUUAAAAAUCUGCAACUGGAUUACAACCAGAUCAGCUGUAUUGAAGAUGGGGCAUUUAGGGCUCUGCGGGACCUGGAAGUGCUCACUCUCAACAAUAACAACAUUACUAGACUUUCUGUGGCAAGUUUCAACCACAUGCCUAAACUUAGGACUUUUCGACUGCACUCAAACAAUCUCUACUGCGACUGCCACCUGGCCUGGCUGUCUGACUGGCUGCGCCAGAGGCCCCGGGUGGGUCUCUACACUCAGUGUAUGGGCCCUUCCCACCUGCGGGGCCAUAACGUAGCUGAGGUGCAAAAACGCGAAUUUGUCUGCAGUGGUCAGCAGUCCUUUAUGGCUCCUUCUUGCAGUGUUCUGCACUGUCCAGCUGCUUGUACGUGUAGCAACAAUAUCGUAGACUGUCGUGGGAAAGGUCUCACUGAGAUUCCCACGAAUCUGCCAGAGACCAUCACAGAAAUACGUUUGGAACAGAACUCAAUCAAGGUCAUCCCUCCUGGAGCUUUCUCACCAUAUAAAAAGCUUAGAAGAAUUGACCUGAGCAAUAAUCAGAUCUCUGAACUAGCACCAGAUGCUUUCCAAGGACUACGCUCUCUGAAUUCACUUGUUCUCUAUGGAAAUAAAAUCACAGAACUCCCAAAAAGUUUAUUCGAAGGACUGUUUUCCUUACAGUUACUAUUAUUGAAUGCCAACAAGAUAAACUGCCUUCGGGUAGAUGCUUUUCAGGAUCUGCACAACUUGAACCUUCUCUCCUUGUAUGACAACAAGCUUCAGACCAUUGCCAAGGGGACUUUUUCACCUCUCCGGGCCAUUCAAACCAUGCAUUUGGCCCAGAACCCCUUUAUUUGUGAUUGCCAUCUCAAGUGGCUGGCGGAUUAUCUCCAUACCAACCCCAUUGAGACCAGUGGUGCCCGCUGCACCAGCCCCCGGCGUCUGGCAAACAAAAGAAUCGGACAAAUCAAAAGCAAGAAAUUCCGUUGUUCAGCUAAAGAACAGUAUUUCAUUCCAGGCACAGAAGAUUAUCGAUCAAAAUUAAGUGGGGACUGCUUUGCAGAUUUGGCUUGCCCUGAAAAGUGCCGCUGUGAAGGAACCACAGUAGAUUGCUCCAAUCAAAAACUCAUCAAAAUCCCAGACCACAUUCCCCAGUAUACUGCAGAGCUGCGUCUCAAUAAUAAUGAAUUCACGGUGUUGGAAGCUACAGGAAUUUUCAAGAAACUUCCACAGUUACGUAAAAUAAACUUUAGCAACAAUAAGAUUACAGACAUUGAAGAAGGAGCAUUUGAAGGAGCGUCUGGUGUCAAUGAAAUACUCCUCACAAGUAAUCGUUUGGAAAAUGUUCAGCAUAAGAUGUUCAAGGGAUUAGAAAGCCUGAAAACUUUGAUGUUGAGAAGUAAUCGCAUAAGCUGUGUUGGCAAUGACAGUUUCAUAGGACUGAGUUCUGUGCGUUUGCUUUCUUUGUAUGAUAAUCAAAUUACUACCAUCGCGCCAGGGGCGUUUGACACUCUCCAUUCUUUAUCUACUCUAAACCUGUUGGCCAAUCCUUUUAACUGCAACUGCUACCUGGCUUGGCUGGGUGAAUGGCUCAGGAAGAAAAGAAUCGUAACCGGAAAUCCUCGCUGUCAGAAGCCAUACUUCCUCAAAGAGAUCCCCAUCCAGGAUGUCGCCAUCCAAGACUUCACGUGUGACGAUGGCAAUGAUGACAGCAGCUGUUCCCCACUCUCCCGCUGCCCCACGGAAUGCUCAUGCUUGGAUACAGUCGUCCGAUGUAGUAACAAAGCCUUGAAGGUCUUGCCCAAAGGAAUUCCCAGAGACGUCACUGAACUGUAUCUGGAUGGGAACCAAUUUACAUUAGUGCCUAAGGAGCUCUAUAACUACAAACAUUUAACACUUAUAGACUUAAGUAACAACCGAAUAAGCACCCUUUCUAAUCAGAGCUUCAGCAACAUGACCCAGCUCCUUACCUUAAUUCUCAGUUACAACCGUUUGAGGUGUAUUCCUCCUCGAACCUUCGAUGGAUUGAAGUCUCUCCGAUUACUUUCAUUGCAUGGAAAUGACAUUUCUGUUGUGCCUGAAGGUGCUUUCAAUGAUCUUUCUGCAUUAUCACACCUAGCAAUUGGAGCCAAUCCUCUUUACUGUGAUUGUAACAUGCAGUGGUUAUCGGACUGGGUAAAGUCAGAAUACAAAGAACCUGGAAUUGCUCGCUGUGCCGGUCCUGGAGAAAUGGCAGAUAAAUUGUUACUCACGACUCCUUCCAAAAAAUUUACAUGUCAAGGUCCUGUGGAUGUCAGUAUUCUAGCUAAAUGUAAUCCCUGCUUAUCAAACCCAUGUAAAAACGAUGGCACCUGUAACAAUGAUCCAGUUGACUUUUAUCGCUGUACUUGUCCCUAUGGCUUCAAGGGGCAGGACUGUGAUGUCCCAAUUCAUGCAUGCAUCAGUAACCCAUGUCAACACGGAGGAACUUGCCACUUAAAGGAAGGGGAAAAAGAUGGAUUCUGGUGUAUUUGUGCUGAUGGAUUUGAAGGAGAAAAUUGUGAAGUCAAUGUUGACGACUGUGAAGAUAAUGACUGUGAAAAUAACUCUACGUGUGUCGAUGGAAUUAAUAACUACACGUGCCUUUGUCCACCUGAAUACACAGGCGAGUUGUGUGAGGAGAAGCUGGACUUCUGUGCCCAGGACCUAAAUCCCUGCCAACACGACUCCAAGUGCAUCCUGAUGCCAAAGGGAUUCAAGUGCGACUGCACACCAGGGUACGUGGGCGAACACUGCGACAUUGACUUUGACGACUGCCAAGAUCACAAGUGUAAAAACGGGGCCCACUGCACAGAUGCUGUGAACGGCUACACGUGCAUUUGCCCUGAAGGUUACAGCGGCUUGUUCUGUGAAUUUUCUCCACCCAUGGUCCUCCCCCGAACCAGCCCCUGUGAUAACUUUGAUUGUCAGAAUGGAGCUCAGUGCAUCAUCAGGAUAAACGAGCCCAUCUGCCAGUGUUUGCCGGGUUACCAGGGAGAGAAGUGUGAAAAGCUGGUCAGCGUGAAUUUUGUCAACAAAGAGUCUUAUCUUCAAAUUCCUUCAGCCAAGGUCCGGCCUCAAACGAACAUCACCCUACAGAUUGCCACAGAUGAAGACAGCGGGAUCCUCCUGUAUAAGGGUGACAAGGACCAUAUUGCCGUCGAACUGUACCGGGGACGGGUCCGUGCCAGCUAUGACACCGGCUCUCACCCGGCUUCUGCCAUUUACAGCGUGGAGACGAUCAAUGAUGGAAACUUUCACAUUGUGGAGCUACUUGCCCUGGAUCAGAGUCUCUCCCUCUCCGUAGAUGGAGGGAGUCCCAAAAUCAUCACCAACUUAUCAAAGCAGUCCACUCUGAAUUUUGACUCUCCCCUCUAUGUAGGAGGCAUGCCCGGCAAGAACAACGUGGCUGCGGCCCUGCGCCAGGCCCCCGGGCAGAACGGCACCAGCUUCCACGGCUGCCUCCGCAACCUUUACAUCAACAGCGAGCUGCAGGACUUUCGCAAGGUGCCCAUGCAGACCGGCAUUCUGCCCGGCUGUGAGCCAUGCCACAAGAAGGUGUGCGCCCACGGCACAUGCCAGCCCAGCAGCCAGUCAGGCUUCACCUGUGAAUGUGAGGAAGGCUGGACUGGGCCCCUGUGUGACCAGAGGACCAAUGACCCCUGUCUUGGAAAUAAAUGUGUGCACGGCACCUGCUUGCCCAUCAAUGCAUUCUCCUACAGCUGUAAGUGUCUGGAGGGCCAUGGGGGCGUCCUCUGUGAUGAAGAGGAGGAUCUGUUUAACCCCUGCCAGGCGAUCAAGUGCAAGCAUGGGAAAUGCAGGCUCUCGGGACUGGGGCAGCCCUACUGUGAAUGCAGCAGUGGAUACACUGGGGACAGCUGCGAUCGAGAAAUCUCUUGCCGAGGGGAGCGGAUACGAGAUUAUUACCAAAAGCAGCAGGGCUAUGCCGCUUGCCAGACGACCAAGAAGGUGUCCAGGUUGGAAUGCAGAGGUGGGUGUGCGGGAGGGCAGUGCUGUGGACCUCUGAGGAGCAAGCGACGGAAAUACUCUUUCGAAUGCACUGAUGGGUCUUCGUUUGUGGACGAGGUCGAGAAGGUGGUGAAGUGUGGCUGUUCCAGGUGUGCCUCCUAAACGCGUCCCUGGCGGCUUGUGUCUUCGGGAGUGUUGUCUACUUCUCGACCACGGUGG